AUAAUUAUUUUGAAUCAUCACGUGAACAAUAGAUUACGAUAAUCUUUAUUAUGUGAACAGAAGUUCUAAAAAAGAAAAACUCGAAAUUUAAGGGUUUGCUCAAUUAUGGCAAAUAAAAAUUUACCGAGAAAUACUCCAAACCCAACGACAUUUCUCGACCUACUUAAUAAUACGUAUGAUGACGCAGAUUUAGUUCAUAUGCUUGCAGAAGCUACAGAUCUUACAUCUACGGCUGCUGUAAGUUCUUCUUUUGGGUUUAAUUCUAGCUCUGAGGAAGCAAGUUUUGAUCAACCAGAAUCCAGAGAAUUUCAGAAUUUUGAUGAGCAUUUGGAUCUUGUUGACGAUGAAGAGGAGUUUAUAGAAGAUUUUGAAGGAGAAGUAUAUGAUUUUGAAGGAGAAUAUGAUGAAUUGCAAAAUUCUGAUCUAAUUGAAGAUGCGUUUGCAAAUAAAUUGACCGACGCAGAAGAAAAUGAACAAAUGGACAAAGUGGAAGAAGAAGAUGAUGAUGACGAUGAGAAAUAUUUGUCGGAUAAUUUUGGUCGUUUAUUAUCACAAGCUGAAGCUAUUGGUAGUGAUUUAACCAAAGGAGAUUCUGUUCCUCACCUUUGGCAAAAUCUGGAAAAAGAGUGGACCGAAUUUAAUCAAGAUUUAAGACUUACUAGUGGAAUUGGAAGAAUAAAAAAGGGAAAGAAAGGUCCAAGACCUCGUGUUAUUCCGCCAAAUCUUCGUGCAUUAGUUGGGGAAGCUAAUUUACAUUACGUAAAUAGAGAUUAUCCAAAAGCAAUUGAAAUUCUUCAAGAGGUUAUUAAAAUCGAUCCAAAUAUUCAUUCUGCUUGGUUUACCCUUGGAACUAUUCAAGAUGAGAUGGGAUGUCCAGAAAAAGCUUUGCAAUUGUAUUUAGUUGCAGCUCAUUUAACACCUCACGAUGGUGCAUUAUGGAAGAGAUUAGGCCUUUUAAGCAAAAAUCAUAAUUCAAUCCAUCAGGCUAUUUAUUGUUUCUCUAAAGCAAUCAGAUGUGAUAAUAAUGAUGUGGAUGCUAUUUGGGAUCGAUCGAUUCUAUAUUCAGAAAUUGGAGAAUUCAAAAAAGCGAUAGACGGUUUUAAAGGUCUAUUAGAAAAGAUACCCUAUGAUAUGAAUGUAUUACGAGAAGUAACUCGUAUUCAAGUACAAAUGAAUGAAAUUCCUCAAGCCAUUGAACUUUUUCUUGAUGCUUAUUCCUAUUAUAGAAAUAGGCCUUUACCAGAAGAUCCUGAGGCCGAAGGAAGUUUCGGAUAUUCUGAGAUAAAUAUAAUGGCUGAACUUUACAUGUUAGCUGGUGAUUAUAACAAUGCUAUUGAUUUUAUUAAGCAGGGUGUAAGAUGGUUGCAAGGAAGAGAAAAUGAGACAUGGUGGGAUUAUAUAAAUGAUGAUCGUGAGUAUGAAGAGGAGGAGAAUUUAGAUAGAAGAGAUCAUGCCUCAAUUUUAGCAGCUGCUCGACUUCGUGGUGCUAGUAGCACGGGAGGUUCAAAUGCUACAUUACCUAUUGAAUUAAGAGUUAAAUUGGGACAAUGCAGAAUUUUAACAGAUCGACUUGAAGAAGGCAAACUACAUUUUGCUUAUCUCGAGUCAUACGAUGUUGAGCAGUAUGUAGAUUUGUACUAUGAAGUAGCUGAAACUUAUACAGACAAGGGGUUGUUUGAAGAUGCUUUGUCAAUAUAUGAAAUAAUUGUCGAGAAUGAAUCUACAGAUAAACCCCUUGCAUGGAUGCGAAUGGGAAUGUGUCACCGAGAAUUAGGAAAUCUUGAAAGCGUGGCCGAAUAUUUCGCCGCCGUUGUGAAAGAGUUACCAGAUAAUUUGGAUAUUAAAAUGGCACUUGCUGAAACCUAUGAAGAUUUGGAUGAAAAGGAAAAAGCGCUUGAGAUAGUCAAUGAAGUUCUUGAAGCGCGUAAAAGGAAGCUUGCUCAAGCGGCAGCAGAAUCUCAAUUAGAAUCAUCAUCAUCGACAUCAAAUCAACUCAAUAUUAGUUCAUUGCAUAAUUUAUCAGCAGGGACCUUACAAAAUGAAUCGUCCUUAAUUCAAACUGUGUCUGAAGAAUCCAAAGCUAACGCUUUUGCAAGAGCAGAAGAAGAGCGUAAACAAAAAAUAGCAGAAAAAGAAAAGGAAACUAAAAUUCAAUUUCACAGAUUAGAUCUUUUAUAUGAUCGUUCUAAGCUUGGAGAUUGUGAAUCAGCUAAAGAAUUUUUGGAAACUGCUAGAAAUGUUGUUAUUGAUUGGAAAAAUAACAGGGCUUUUUAUCCUCAGAGAGACAGGAUGCUCCCAUUUAAAGGAUGGGACCGUCGAAGAUCCUGGAGAAAACAAGUUUACUUCGAAGAAUUUGAAAAUUCUAAUGAUAGUGAUGAUGCUUAUCUAGAUGAACAAGCAACUACAAUGGCAAAAAGGUUGCAAUGGCGUAUUGAUGGUGAAAAAGGCGAAUUAGAAGAUGAAAUACGCAAAAAAAUUACCGAAUUUAACGGUAUUACUUUUGAAAAAUGGUUUGAUUUUUUUAUCAAGUAUAUUGUCACUGCAACAAAAAAUAAUUGUGAACAAGAGGCUUUUGAUCUUCUUAAGUUAGCUUGUAGAGCAAAUGUAUUUUUUCACAAUAUUCAUUAUACAACUGUUCUCAAGUUGUUAUCAUUGGCUUGGGGACUUCAUACACGCAAUUUUUUAGUUGUAUGUGAGAAUGCAAGAUGGCUAUGUAAUCAUGAGCCAUUUAAUAGUAAUUUAUAUAAUUUAUAUGGAGCAGGAAUGUCUAGUGGUUCAAAUGCGUUAUCAUGCUUUGCAGCCGCAAAUUCCCAAAAAUAUUUUCUUCGUCAAGUCAAGUUGAUGGAUACUGGGUUUUAUCAAACUCCAAUAAUAAAAAAUAACUCGAGUAAUUCAGAUAAAUCCGAAAGUGAGAUUAAACAAAAACCUGUUAUGAAAAAAGCCAAAGUUCCCGAGAAACCAAAUGCAGCAUUAUUAUCACUUUAUGGACAUAUUUUGGCAUGUGCCAGAAGUUAUGUCGGUGCAAUUGGAUACUAUUCUCGUGCGUAUUCGGUUAAACCAAAAGAUCCAUUAAUUAGUUUGUCGAUGGGACUUGCAUAUAUGCAUCGGUCUAUGCAAAGAAUAAGUGAUAAUCGACAUUUACAAAUUAUGCAGGCAUUUACAUUUUUGUAUAAUUAUUACGAACUGAAAGAAAGAAACCAAGAGGCUGAAUAUAAUCUCGGAAGAGCUUUUCAUGAACUUGGUUUAUAUCAUUUAGCUGUGCCUCAUUAUGAAAGAUGCUUAAAGUUACCUUCCCUUCAGCAAGUUUUCAGAGAGCAACAUGAGAAGGGUAAAUCAUCCGAAAAUCUUUCCGAAGAAUGUCCCGUCGAGGAUGAUGAUGACCCUACAAGCCUUAGAAGGGAUGCGGCAUAUAACUUAUCAAUGAUUUAUGUGGGAAAUGGAUCUCCUGGCUUAGCGGCAGUAUUAUUAAGACAAUAUUGUACUAUAUGAUUAAUCCUAAUUAAUUACAUGUUAAAAUUAGCGAAAAAAAAAAGUUUAGUUUUAUCAACUAAUACAUAUUUAUUUAAUAUUAAAGAUAUACACAACUUUAUUAAUAAAUAUUAGCAAAUAAAAUUUUAAUAUCAGUGAGUGACAAUCGAUCGGUUCUGCAGUAUAUCAAAUAGUAUGGCACAGCAUUAAUAACUUUAAUGGAUAAUAACUGAUAAGUGAUAAAUAAAUCUAUAAUAAAAUUUGGAAAAGUUGAGCGUGUGUGAUCAUUAAUUCGGGAUUCUAAUAAAAAAUUUUUUAGUAUCCUUAAUAUUCAUUUGUGCUAAAGAA